GGCACGAAUUCACUCCUGAAGCUGUCUCGUCGUGACCAGAUGAACUGACUAAACGUUGGUGUUUAUUUGUAUUGCUGCCAUCGUAUAAUAUAAAUUAAACGCGAGGAUUAGAAUUCAACCGAUUCUGGGCAAGACUAGCGAAUGUCACGGACCAUUGGGCCAGUAUUGGUGUUGAAUUUGGCCGGUUGACUGUGUUGUGGUGGAGGUGGAUCGCGAUGGACUGGUUGGUGCUGUUCGCUCUACCGCUGCUCACGCUGGCACAACAAGGUUGUGAUAUUCAGAGCCAGAAGACUGCUCCGCUCCGCUCGAUUGCGGGCGAGACCGUGAUCCUGCCGUGCCAUGCCCGCUCUCCGCUCUGCAUCUUCCAAAUAAUAAUGUGGUUCAAGAUCACGGCCCGAUUUGACUCAAAGCAAAUACUGAAGCGGGAUCGGACGAAGAGAGUUGUCACCCAAGCGGCAUACCGGGGCCGGGCCCGCCUGGCUUGGUCGCAACCUCACGAUGCAUCGCUCAUCCUUACCGACGUCAGCCCUAGCGAUAGCGGAGUUUACGAGUGCAGGCAUUUUUGGACUCACGGAUACGUGUACUGGAACAGCGUGGACACCGUGACGAUGGAGGUCACCAAACGCAAGACCACUUCAGCCACAACCACAACAGCCACCACAACAACGACAACUACAGUGACGACAGAUGGCCGUGCAAGCGGCAAGACCACGGGAGAUACAGUGUCAUCCACAGCGACCGAGGACGACGGUCCUACAGUGGAAAUGACGACAAACGCGUCAUGUCACGUGAUCUCCGGCGCUGCUGCUGCUCAUGUCACGGCGGUGAUGCUGCUGGAGGUCGUGGUGGUGGCGGUGGUGGUGGUGGUGGUGGCGGUCGUGGUGAUCGUCCUCCUCAUUUGCCAUUUCAGACGCAAAGGACGGACAUCCACCCACGACGUCUCUCCUCCUGAAAACGAGUACGAGGAGCUGCGCCAAAGGGAGAUCGUCUACGACCACCUGGAGAGAGAUCGCAAGGCUGCACGUGGAGCCACCUCUCCGCCACUCGGCCCCACGAUUUGAAGAACCUCACCAGGAUAGAAAUCAUAAAUUGAGUCUCACAGGACGACUUUGGCUGUGUCCGGUGGUGCCAGAUAUAACGACACAUUUAUAUUUACGCGAUCUAACCCAAAAACCCUAUAUAAUGGAUACUAUUGGUCGCGAAAGACUCCGUGUUAAACUGACUUGUGAAGUUUAAUAAUAAUAAUAUUAUGAAUAAUUAAUUGAAUCCCUCCUAAGGGGAAAUUACCACGUGCCAAUAAUUCAGCCCCAAGUCUCUCGCUCCAUCGUUGGCUGUUGGUUGAUGGGGAGGUUUCACGCACGUACGAUGUACAGUGAGGGAAAAAAGUAUUUGAUCCCCUGCUGAUUUUGUACGUUUGCCCACGGACAAAGAAAUGGUCAGUCUAUAAUUUUAAUGGUAGGUUUAUUUUAACAGUGAGAGACAGAA